GCACAGGAAUCUGACAUCAACUUGUUGCAACUUGUUUUUAGCAGACAUCGAAUUUAGUUUAAUUGGUAAAAAAAGUGAAAUUUUGCUUAUUUUAUUCUUAAAAAUGCAAAAAAUAUUAGUUACCGGUGGUACAGGCUUAGUGGGAAAAGCUUUGGAGGCAGUAAUUAACGAGGAGAAGCCUAAAAAUGAAGAAUGGUUUUUUGCCGGUUCCAAAGAUGCCGACUUGACAAAUUUAGAAGCCACUAAAGCUUUAUUCGACAAAGUCCAGCCGACACAUGUUAUACACUUGGCUGCCAUGGUGGGUGGCUUGUUUCACAAUAUGAACAACAAUUUGGACUUUCUGCGCAUUAAUUUGCAAAUUAAUGACAAUGUCUUACAAACUGCCCAUGAACAUGGUUGUGUUAAAGUUGUCUCUUGCCUAAGUACUUGUAUAUUCCCCGAUAAAACUUCUUACCCCAUUGACGAGACGAUGGUACACAAUGGACCGCCACAUCCUUCCAACUAUGGCUAUUCAUAUGCCAAACGUUUAAUAGACAUACAAAAUCAUGCUUAUCAUGAUAAAUACGGAACGAUGUUUACCUCCGUUAUACCCUGCAAUAUAUUUGGACCCCACGAUAACUAUAAACCCGAAGUAAGUCAUGUUAUACCCGGCAUGAUAUAUCGCAUGUAUCGACUUAUCAACGACAACAAAGACUUGAAGGAAACGGAGAAAGUUUUUACAGUUUACGGCUCUGGCAAACCCUUGAGACAAUUUAUUUACUCUUUAGACUUGGCUAAAUUAAUGAUUUGGGUCUUGCGUGAUUAUAACAGUGUUGAACCUAUUAUCUUGAGUGUUGAUGAAGCUCAAGAAGUGACCAUUUUACAAGUGGCUGAGGCUAUAGCUAAGGCUUUUGAUUUUAAAGGCAAAUUAGAGUGUGAUACCACCAAGGCCGAUGGCCAAUAUAAGAAAACUGCUUCAAAUCAAAAAUUACGUUCUUUAUUACCAAAUUUUGCAUUUACAAACUUUGAUGAGGCCAUCAAGACUUCGGUACAGUGGUUUAUUGAGAACUUUGAAGAGGCCCGGAAGUAAAGUGACACAAAAAGGUAUGAUAUUUUAAUAGCAAAUUAUUUGAACAUUCCUUAAAAAUGAAGGAAUUUUAAAAUUUCUUUUUCAAAAAGAAAAUUAAUAGCUGGCUAAAUAAAAAAACAAAUAUUUAAUGGAAUAAAUUAUAUUGUUAAAAACUAUAAAAUGUCUAUAAUUGAUUUAUACAAAAAAAACCUAAGCAGUGUAUUUAAUCUGCUCUACGUAUGAAGCUCGAAAGAGACCUGGGAAUAAGUUUCCCAUCAUAUAUAUCAUUCAUAGUUUUUCUUCAAAAUUCGUUUUUUUAAU